UACUACGAACCCGGCGGACUCCAUCCUGUUCUUCUCGGAGACGUCUGAACGGCCGCUUCAAGGUGGUGCAUAAGGCCGGCUAUGGCGGGCAGGCCAUUGUGUGGCUUUGCCGCGAUCUGAAGUCGCAGAAAUGGCAAGCUGUAAAGAUAUUUGCUGCCGAUGCUUCAAGCGACGACUGCCCGGACCUGAAACUUUCACGUUGUGACCUCCUGGUGGGAGAGCCUCUGCCCCAGGAUACCAGACCAUGCCCGCUCGCCAGUCUCUUCGAGCACUUCUGGCUUACUGGACCCAACGGCCGGCGUCUCUGUCUUGUUAUCCCGCUCCUCAAACCACCUACCUCUCGCGCAGCACGCCACUACCGGAAGAAACCUACGGUGCUCAAGGACAUCUGUGCCCGGCUGAUCAGGGCGAUGCACCUGAUGCACAGCAAGGGUCCCUGCCACGGAGACUUUCGCCCCUCCAACAUCCUCUUGAAGUUGGACAGCAGCAUCAAUGAUCUAGCCGAGAAGGAAAUGAUCUAGCUGUUGGGAGGCGUCCCGACGGUACUCCCAGUCCAAAAGUGCAUCCCCGAGUACGGCGAGGACGGUCCCGUCUUUUACAUGCCGGUUUCUUACUAACACAAUGCCUCCUACGACGACGACAACGACGACGACGACGGAAACGCUCA